AUGGAAGUUUCUGAUGAUGGUGCAUUCAUCAAUACUCUUAAAAAGUAUUUUUCAUCAUUAGAUGACCUUGUACACCCAGAUACCACCAAUCCGAAAUUAAAAGAAAUAUCUAAAUUUGACGAAUUAAUGCAUGUAGCUUUCAAGGAAUUUUCAAGUAUUACAACUCAAAGUGUACUUGAACUUCGAAAUACUUUUCAACUUAAAGUUGUUCAUAAUAUUGAAAGUUUUACAAAACGUGAUAUAAUAAGAAAUCUUCAAGAUACUUUAAAAUUUUCAAAAGAAGAUAUUUCAGUCAUUUAUGAUAAAUAUUAUACUGCUCAAUUUUAUGGUAAACAAAAAAGUGCUCGUAAUGAUUCUAGAAUGGAUUUAACUACUUUCUAUCGAUUUAUUGGAAGUAUUACUAAUUGGGCUAAAUUAGAAGAUGAUGAAUUAAAUAAUAGUGAAAAUGGUGAACCAAGAGAUAAUCAAGGUCGUAGAAUCGUUGGAUACAAAAUAAUUAAUAGAUUAUUUAAUCAUUUUGAUAAAUCCUCUUCUGGUGGAAUUACUCUUCAAGAUGUUGUUACUGGACUUGGUGAAAUUAAAUUUGGUGAUAUGAUGUCAAGAAUUUCCCUUUUUUUCAAUUUACAUGAUGGUGAUAAAGAUGGUUAUUUAUUAAAAGAAGAAAUUUUACAAUUAUCUGAAAGUCUUUUAUUUAUCUUUCGUUUUAGACAAGAUGAUGGUCAUCUUAAUUCUGUUUCAAAUUUUAUUAAGAAUGCUUUUGAAUAUAGUGAUCCUUCAAUUAAUCAAAAUGAUUUAAUAGAAAAUGUUGAAAUUGUUAUAGAUGCAAAACGUAAAAGUCGUGAAGAUGGUGAACGUAGAAUGUCUUUUCCUUCUUUUCGUAUGGUUAUUUUGGCUGAUGCUUAUCUUGAAACUUUUUUUGAUGUUGAUUUUGCUUCAACUUUUCAAUUGGUUGAACCACCUGAUGAAAGACAAAAAGGUUUAGGUCGUGAAAUAUUUAAUGCUCUUAUGUCGGAUGGAAUGAAAUUAGCUAAUAGUUUUGGUAAAAGAUUAAAUAAUCGUAGAAAAUCACAACAAAGUUCUUCUUCAAAUGAACAUAAAAAAUCACAAAGUUCUAAUAAUACUUCAUCAACUAUUCAAAAAUCAAAACGACCAAGUAGUAAUACAUCUAUUACUAAAUCGGAUAUUUCUGAUGUAACAAGUUUAUCUUUAAAUGAUGAAUCUAUAGAAUCAUUUGUUUCUAUAGAUUCAAGUGAAAUACCACAAAUUGCUUCCAAUUCUUCAACUGAUGAAGAAGAUGAUGGACUUUUACAAGAAGUUGAUAGACUUUUAAGUGAAUAUAGUAUUAAUGAAUCUGAAUCAAAUUUAGAUGAUGAAAAUAGUAUAAAUUAUGAUGAUGGUAAAUUAUUUUUAUUUGGAAUUGGAAUUAACGGACGUCAUCAAUCAAAUCAUCUUAUAGAUUUCAUGGAAGACGAUGUAGAUAAGUUACUUGAAGAAAUACAAUGA